AUGGAGGACGAUAAGGACGAUACCUUUUGGGACGACGGGGUCGACGACUCGGCGUACGAUGCCCUCCUUGAGCUCGAACAAGACGCAUAUCGGACAACGCAGCAAGAGGCUGUUGCGCCACCUAUAGAACAGCCUCCAGCGCGGCCUGUCAGGCCUUCGCUACUUCGAUAUUCCACCAGCAACACGUCAAGCAGCACUAUUGAACAGAGGAAGAGACGGCGGAAUCCCUCUCAGCACCUCAGACCUGCGCUGAGCUUUGGUGAUACCGAUUAUCAACAGUGGGAUACUAGCAUACUCGAUAAGGACGACGGACUAGACUUGGUCGAUGAACAGGAUGCAUUGCUCGAAACUCCUGGAGAAUCUGGCGAAGGAGGAGGCCAGCAAGCGGUCUAUGCCAGCACAUCCCUUGCGCCGGGGCAAUGGCGUCGAAUUACGGCGGAUGAGCCCGGCGUGACCGUGGAACCUUUGCAGGUACAAGGCUUAACAAAAAGUCAUGCUGAAACCUCGUUCACCGCAAAUGCGUUCGAGUCUGUACAGCUAGAGGAGCUGAAAGAUCAGAUUGAACAGCUCACCCGGGAGCGAGAAAGGCUGGCACAAGAGCUAGCAGCCGCAACAGCUUCGGAGGAGGCACGAGCUGGAGAAAUUGCCAUCAUACGGGCCAACCAGGUAAAGAUUGAGAAGAACCACAGUCGUCAAAUUACUGCCCUGAAAAAUGCCAUGGAUGAGGAAACCAAGAAGUACCGGGCUGAGAUUGAAGCUGCUUUGAUGGAGAGCAAACGGCUCGUUGCUGAGAAUGGAUUUCUUAAGCAUGAUUUGCAAGAAGAGGCCUAUCGAGCCUCCAAACUGCAGCAUAACUUUCGAAGCAAGCCCAAGGAUGAUAAGCCCCCUACCACGCCCCGGAAAAGCAAGUCAUUGCCCCUUAGGGAUGGAUUUGAUGAUGACGAGCUCAUGGUGUCCCCUACAAAAUCUGCCGGAAGGAGGUCUAAACGUGGAACUCCAGUGACGUCAAACAAGCGGAAACGUGUAGUAGUUGAUGAUUCCCCCAUACCUAUUGCGCUCGAGCUUAGCCAGUCUCUCGGGGCUACUGCUGACGAUACUGGAAAUGAUGCAACUCCUGAAGAAGAGACCGCUGAAGAGCGUCAGCAGCAACCCAAGCGAGAAGACCGUAAUAUGCGGUUUAUGCGCCUUAUACUCAAUCACCGGACAUACCCUAGGAAAGCCCCGGAUAUGGAAGUAUUUUCGAGCAUGUCUUUCCCAUCUGACCCGGACCGCAAGUUUUCAUCGAUUGUCAUACAAUCGAUUACCGCUCACAGCUCCGACAACUAUGCGGUUGACUAUAUUAAGGCCAUAGCUUCGUUAUGGUCUCGGUCUUUAAAGGAGCAUUUUCAUAGCCCUAUUGCCAUGUUCAUGUCAAUAGUAAAAUUCAUACUCCACUUGGAUCUUCAUAAACUUGCUCCAUGCAUUAUCGAAUCGGUCGUGCCGGUAUUACAGAAUUCCGGAUACAUAAAUGGAGUGCCCAGAUUUACCAGUUCUCCUGUCUCGCAUGAAAACCUGGGAAAAGUCAAGAAAACACCGCAGAAAAAGCUGGAUCACCGCGUCAGCUCCACGGAGGCACUUGAAAUACUCUAUCUGAUCGUUAGCGGCUGCCAGCAAAACCGGCAAGCGCUGGAGCUCUUCUGGCGAUGCGUGGGAUAUGACUUUAUUCUCAUAAUGUUAAAUUCCUACCAACAGCUCAACGAUAUCAUCCUGACGUUAAAGAUUCUAGCCUGCGGCCAAUUAACCAAUACCUUUGGCCCCAUCUGUGACUCCGAGUCUCAGCAACUAGAGCACGAAAAGUACAUAAUUGACCGGGCGGCUAAUCUUCUCAGUGAACUGCCUUCUUCCGACGAGGGCGAGGAACCAUAUACAGGCUGGGAGAUCAGCACCCUACGUGUUGAGGUGACGAUGUUCCUAAAUGAAAUUGCAUUCUCAACUCCGGAUCCAGAACAGAACCGCAUAGGUAAAAUGAUUGCUUCCCACCCCAGUGCUUUAGCCCGGGCCUUCCGCUCCAUGCACGACGAGCUCGAUGCCCUGUACUCGAACCCGCCUGAACGAGAACUCCACGCAGCCAUUGUCAACGGUCUGACUCGUUUGGUGUACGGUAUUAUCAAGUUGUUUCCCGACCAGGUUGACCUGCCUUCACGGCUACGCGCGGUGCCAGGCGCGGUGCAAAAGCACCUGGUCGUUUUGACUCGUUUGGCAUUCAGUGAAGGGCUGUUGUUGGAAGCCGGAAUUGUCGAUGAGACUGUCGAGAUGGCUCAUGAGAUGCUGGAAGAGGCGAUCAAUCCCCAGGAGGCAGAGGCGCUGAUAGAGGCGUUUCGGUCAACCAAGGGGGAUGAAUGA